AUGACCGGCCAUGGCGACCCGGUGAUCGGCCGUGACGACGAGAUCAACCGCGUCAUCGACAUCCUCUGCCGUCGGACCAAGAACUGCGUUGCGCUCAUUGGCGCGGCUGGAGUCGGCAAGACGGCCAUCGCCGAGGGUCUCGCCCAGCGCGUCGCCUCCGGUAGGGUUCCUGCCGCGCUCGUCGGGGCACGCGUCGUGGAGAUCGACCUUGGGGCCAUGGUGGCCGGUACAACUUUACGCGGCAUGUUUGAGGAGCGCAUGAAGAACAUGAUAAAGCAGGCGGAGGCAUCCGACGGCAAGGUCGUACUGUUCAUAGAUGAGAUGCACAUGCUCUAUUCCACCGGCAACACUCUGCAUAAUUGCACGAUAGCCUCCAACAUGCUAAAGCCAGCGUUGGCCCGUGGACGAAUCCGUUGCGUGGGAGCCACGACUUUUGACGAGUACCGCCAAUACAUCGAGAAGGACCCUGCGCUCGAGCGACGGUUUCAGAAAGUGCAGGCAAUUUCCUGA